UGACAAAAAAAAAAUGUAGAUCGUUGUCUCUUCUGUAUCCCUUCUCACACACAUUUGCAUAAAAAAAGCUCGGUCGAAACUCCUUCCUGCACGUCUCUGCAGUGGCUGGAGAGGAAGAAGAGAAAAAAAAAAAAAAGCUCCCAUCCCGGCUGCGCCUCACCUGUUCUGUUCUGGGACUGUGGGGCGGACAGGUGAGGCUCAAGCCCCGCCCACUGGUUUAGCCCGACUCGUUUGUUAAGAGCAGCUGCUGCUGUCAAAACACACUCACUCCUGUCUGAAGUACUACACUGAGUUUGGGUCAGCAGCAGCAAAGAGCAGCAGCGAUCAUGCCGAGGCGAUCAACGCAGGAGUGGAUCCGCAUAUCCAUGCGCACGCCGGGCAUCUUCAUCUUCGGGAUGGUCCUGGCUCCCUGCGGAUGGAUCCUGGACCUCACCGCCACCGUGGCCCCGAACUGGAGGACCCUCCACAACCUCCCCAACACCCCGCCCGACGAGUUCAUCCAGCAGGGCAUCUGGGACAUCUGCAGGGCCACGACGACCAACACCAGGGAGCAGUGCAACCUGCAGGACACCACGUACUUCGGCAACCAGAUCAUCGAGGUCGCGCAGGGUCUGAUGGUGGCCUCCCUGAUCGUGACGCUAAUCGGGCUGGCCGUGGCCAUCCCGGGGGUCCGCUGCUGGAGGGACAACCCGAACUGGACCGUGGCCGGCCUGGGCGGACUGCUGAUCUUCCUGUCGGGCGUCAUGACCAUCAUACCCAUCGCCUGGUACACCCACAUCCUCAAGGGGGUCUCCUCGGUGUCCCCGCUGGUAGACGUGCGCGUCGGCUACUGCAUCAUCCUGGGCUACAUCGGCGGGAUCUUUGAGAUCCUGGGCGGCUUCGUCAUGUUCAUCGGGAUCUGCCGCUGCUGCGGGGGGAAGAACAGAGGCGAGAGGCGCGUGGAGGAGGUGAUCGGCAACAGGUUCAGCCACCAGAAGCCGCCGCCGAGACGAGUGGAGGUGCCGAGCCUGAACCGGGCCAGGAGCGCGGCCAGCAGCGUGCCAUACUCCAAGGACUCCCUGGAGGACGACGUGUCCUUCCCCCGGGCCAAGAGCCCCGCGGCCCGCUCAGCCAACACCUCAUACAGCGGCAGACCCUACGAUGCAGACCUAUGAGGGGGAGGCCACAUCUGGAGAGGUACAACCACUGUAGGACAGAUGUGCAAAAGGAAGAAGGUGGUGAUCACAGAAUGACUCUAUGACGUUACGACUUUCAGUCCGCUGUAGUAAAACUGAACCUAACCAUGAUGUUCUGGCGUGUUACCAGCAGGCACUCACACCGUGGAGACGUUUAAAGGGGCAAUAGUUCUGGAGGAGGAAAAUCAAAUUCAGAUUUUUUUUUUAAUUAUUAUUACAAUUUACAAUAUUAAUGAGGUGAUAGUACAAACACACACAUUUAUCUUUGAAAUGAGUGAAUAAACAAGCUGUUCUCAGAGGAAAACAAGGCUAGAACAGGUGGCAGGGUCCGCCACACAUAAAAACAAAGCGAGGCUGAAUGAGACUGUGUUCUCCUUUAAGGCUCAGUUUGUUCUUCUGAGCAAAACGUCCUACACAGUGCACCUUCAAAGGCGGUGGACUGAUGUGAGGUCAUCUUCAGGCCAUAAAGGAGCAUUGCAGAAGUAUUGGAGUGACACCAACUGAUCAAGUAGCCUCCAGUGUCGACAUGAAACCACUGUAAAGUCACUAUAAAGUGAAGUCUCAGACCUUUAAAGCGUUCCAUUGAUGGUGAUACCUGAAGGCAAACGUCUCUAAUAGGGUUAAACGUGUGACGGUGUAAUGUGGAGACUCGUUGCUGCCUUAUA